AUGGAGUUGUCAACGCCGGACGACGGGAGUGGAGGUUGGCGACCGCGAUGGAGGAGGAUGGUCCGUGGGGGAGUCUCGAGGACACCGAGCUGGGUGAUACUGCCGCUCGUGGCGUGCGUCUACUUGACCAGUACAAUCCACGCCGAGUCAUUAUUAGGAAUAGGUGGCAGUAUAUUUAGUAAUGAAACAGACGUGCCAUGUCCGUUCGGAACGUUCAAGUGCCCCGAGGGAAAGUGUAUACCGCAGACGUCGGUCUGCAACUAUCAGAAGGACUGCGAUAAGGGCGAGGACGAGCUAAACCAUUGUCCACCGCCGGAAUGUGAACCAGGACAGAUCAGCUGCGGACAGUACGUGUUUAACAAGACGUACUGCAUACCACCGCACUACAAGUGCGACAUGACAAUCGAUUGUGUCGACGGUACGGACGAGUCCGACUGCACGUACCGUAAGUGCCAACAGGACGACAUCCGUUGCGGUACACCCUCACUCGGCGUUUCGUUGAAUGGGCGCGUGGCCGAGAUCUGUGUGCCGAAGGAGAAGCGUUGCGACGGCUAUCUCGAUUGCCGAACGGGCAAGGACGAGGAAGGAUGUACCGGGACGGCAUGCCGGUUGGAUCAGUUCCGCUGUGCGAACGGUGUGCGGUGUAUCGACACGUCACUCAAGUGCAACCACAAGAACGAUUGUGGCGACAACUCGGACGAAGUGGGAUGCAAUUUCCCACCAUGUCACGGGGGUCAGUUCCGUUGCGCGAAUGCGCUCUGCAUCCCGGCCACGUUUCACUGUGACGGUUACCAUGACUGUUCGGACGAGAGUGAUGAGGCAAACUGUACGGCAAUUGCCUGUCCGGACAAUAAGUUCCUGUGUCCGCGUGGUGGCCCGAACGGGCAGGCCAAGUGCAUUGUCAAGUCGAAGCUGUGCGAUGGUAAACGAGACUGCGAGGAUGGAACUGACGAGGAAACGGCUUGCUCGACAACUUCAUGUCCGGCACUGGGCUGUGAGCACAAGUGUGGUCCAUCGUUGACGGGUGGCGUUUGCUACUGUCCGGUAGGGCGUACACUAUCGCCAGACAAUCGGACCUGCGCAGAUCUGGACGAGUGUACGGUGUGGGGCCACUGCGAUCAACUAUGCACCAACACGGACGGUUCGUUCUCGUGCGCGUGCGCAACCGGUUACACGCUGAUGGAGAAGACACGGUGCGUCGCACCGACCGCCUCGAGCCUGGAGCUGUUCUUUGCGUACGAUCGUGCGAUACUGCGAAUGAGUGCGCAUGGGCAGGAUUCGCGCAUCAUCGCCAACGCAACCGGUGCGAGCGGGCUGUCCUAUCACUACGCCAAGAAUCUGCUGUACUGGUCGGACAUAAAGACGCGCAAGGUGCAGUCACAGGUGCUGGUGGAUGGGGGCUUUGGUGGACAUGAUUUUUCACUGCCCGGAACCUGGGCUCCGGUGGCGAUUGCGAUUGAUUGGGUCGGCGACAAGCUGUACGUGGCGGAUCUGGUCGGGCAGAAGGUGGAUGUGUUUGAGCUGGACGGUCGUUGGCAUGCGGUUGUACUCGGUUCGAAUCUAACCAGUCCCGCUGAUCUAGCGCUGGAUCCAACCGCUGGUUUGAUGUUCGUUGCCGACGGUAGCCACGUGCUCCGCGCCCAUAUGGAUGGUACGCACGCGAAAUCGAUCGUAUCGGAAGCAGCGUACAAAGCGUCCGGUGUAGCGGUGGAUGUCAUUGCCCGGCGCGUGUUCUGGUGUGAUUCACUGCUCGACUACAUCGAAUCGGUAAGCUACGAGGGUGAACGGCGUGUGAUGAUAUUGCGCGGUCAGCAGGUCCCGAGCCCAUCCCGGUUGGCGCUGUUCGAGAAUCGUGUGUUUUGGUCGGACGCAACCAAGCAGGGCAUCAUGUCGGUGGACCGGUUCGAGGGUUCCUCCAGCAUACAGUCAAUUUUCAAGGCGAAAGACAUCCGCGAACCGAGAGCACUGAUUGCAGUGCAUCCGCUAACCCAGCCGAAAGUUUCGAACCCGUGCGGCACCAACAAUGGCGGCUGUUCGCAGAUGUGUGUCGUAACCGCGGUACAGGGUGCACCAUCCGGGCUUGGGUAUCGCUGUGCCUGCCACACGGGCUGGCAGCUGUCGAAGGAUUUGAUGAACUGCCGACUGGUGCGACAGUUUUUGAUGUACUCGCAGCAACGCUUCAUCAAGGGUAAGGUGCUCGAUCCGGUUAUUGAAGGUUUCAGUGAUGCUAUUCUACCGGUCGUGUCGCGCCGAGCCCGUUUCGUCGGAUUAGACUUUGAUGCGGUCGAUGAGCAUAUCUACUACUCGGACGUACUGCAGGAUGUGAUCUAUCGGGUGCAUCGCAACGGUACUGGGCGCGAGAUUGUGCUCGCCUCCCAGAAUGAAGGUGUGGAAGGAUUGGCGGUGGAUUGGGUUUCUAAGAACCUGUACUAUAUCGAUAGCCGCAAGGGCACGCUGAACGUGCUGUCCACGCGCAAUACCAGCUAUCGCCGGACGCUGCUCAAGAACCUGAAACGUCCGCGAGCGAUCGUGGUCCAUCCGAACCGUGGCUACAUCUACUUCUCCGAGUGGGACCGUCCGGCGAACAUUAGCCGCGCGAAUGCCGACGGCAGUGGACUGAUCGUGUUCCGCAACUUGACGCUCGGUUGGCCGAACGGUUUGUCGAUAGAUUUCCGCGAAGACCGGGUGUACUGGUGUGACGCACUGCUCGAUCACGUGCAGCACUCCAACCUGGACGGCACGAACGUGCAGACGGUGAACUCUCGCCUAAUCCGCCACCCGUUCUCGAUCGUCAUACACGAGGACUGGAUGUACAUUACCGACUGGCGGUUGGAUGCGAUCGUACGGCUGAACAAGCUGAACGGCGAGCAGGAAGAGAUAAUGGUACGGGAACCGCAAACCAACCGACUGUACGGUGUGAAGGUGUACAGUCACAGCGUGCAGAGCAUUGACGCGAGUCAACCGUGCGGCGUUAACAAUGGCGGAUGUGAGAAGCUUUGUUUCGCGCUGCCACGCAACGAGACGGAGGAAUCGACCACGGAAGCAGCGGGUGGUAUGUCACCGGCGGUGGGUGGAACGGGCCGGCUAGUCGUGAAGUGCGGUUGCCCGUACGGCGAACGACUCGGCGACGAUGGACGCACCUGUCUGUCCGAUCCAAAUGCAGAGCCACCGGUACAGGCGUGUCCGAACACGUGGGACUUUACCUGCAACAAUCAGCGCUGCAUACCGAAAUCGUGGAUCUGUGACGGUGAUGACGAUUGUUUGGACAACUCGGAUGAGGAACAGAACUGCACGAAACCAACGUGUGGUGCGAACGAGUUCCAGUGCAAAUCGGGACGAUGCAUCCCGCUGAACUUCCGGUGUGACCAGGAGAACGAUUGUGGCGACCAUUCGGACGAGUUCGAGUGUGGCAAUGUGACGUGCGCCGCGUCCCAGUUUGCGUGCGAAAAUGGACGCUGCAUCCCGAACAUCUGGAAGUGUGACAGCGAGAACGAUUGUGGCGACGGUUCGGACGAGGGACCGUUCUGUGCGGAGAAAACGUGCGCUUACUUCCAGUUUACGUGCCCGCGGACCGGCCACUGCAUACCGCAGAGCUGGGUGUGCGACGGUGAUGACGAUUGCUUCGACAAGCAGGACGAGAAGGACUGUCCACCGAUCACGUGUCUGGCGAACCAGUUCAAGUGUGCCGAUUUGCGGCAAUGUGUGGAGGAACCGUACAAAUGCGACGGCAUACCGGACUGUAACGAUGGUAGCGACGAGCUCGGCUGUCCGACGAUGGAACCGAACCAGUGCAAUCUGGAGAAACACUUCCGGUGCCGGUCGUCGGGCGUUUGCAUCCCGAUCGCGUGGCACUGCGACGGUUCGAACGAUUGUGAUGAUCAUUCGGAUGAGGAGGACUGCAGCAAGAUUACCUGUCCAAACGGGUUCUACAAGUGUGCGAACGCGAAGUGCGUGUUUAAGGCAUACAUCUGCGACGGUAAGGAUGACUGUGGGGACGGAUCGGACGAGAGUGUGGAGCAUGCGUGCAUAACACCACCGCAACGGUGCCCCCACGGUCAGUGGGCCUGCCCGGGCGUAACGGAACGCUGCGUCAACCUGACGUCCGUGUGUGAUGACGUGCCGGACUGUCCAAAUGGUGCGGACGAAGGGUUGGGUUGUGAUCUGGCCCAGUGCCAACAUCAGACCGGUCUCUGCUCGAACGGUUGCCAGAAGACACCGCUCGGUGCGCUUUGCAUCUGUCCACCGGGCGAGGAACUGGCGCCGGACAACUAUACCUGCAAGGAUUUGAACGAGUGUGACCCACCUGGGCUAUGUUCGCAGCGCUGCACCAACACGAAGGGUUCGUACUUCUGCUCGUGCGUCGAUGGGUACGUGCUGGAGCCGAACAAGCACACGUGCAAGGCAGUUAAUCAUCCGGCCGCGUUCCUGAUCAUCUCGAACCGUCACUCGAUAUUGGUGGCAGAUCUGAAGGAACAGGGCCUCGAACGGGUACCAAUCAUCGUGGAGAACGUAGUCGCGACCGCAUCCAACAUGCACACUGGUACCAUCUUCUGGAGCGACAUGAAGCUGAAGAAGAUCUCCCGUCUGGACAGGGGCAUGGAACCUCAGGAAAUCAUCACUACCGGGUUGGAUCUGGUGGAGGGCCUUGCGUACGACUGGAUCGGCCAGAAUCUAUACUGGCUCGACAGCAAGCUCAACACGAUCGAGGUAGCACACGAAAACGGCACGAAUCGGUUGGUGCUGGUGCGCGAAAACAUUACCCAACCGCGUGGCAUGUGUCUCGAUCCGAGCCCGAACGCAAAAUGGCUGUUCUGGACGGACUGGGGCGAAAAUCCACGCAUCGAGCGCAUCGGUAUGGAUGGUACGAUGCGAGAAACCAUCAUCAGCACAAAGAUUUACUGGCCGAACGGAUUAACGCUCGAUGUGGCGACACAGCGCGUUUACUUUGCUGACUCGAAGCUCGACUUUAUCGACUUUUGCUAUUACAACGGUACCGGUCGGCAGCAGGUUCUGGCCGCCAGCCACUAUCUACUGCACGCCCACUCACUCUCGCUGUUUGAGGACACACUGUACUGGACGGAUAGGCAGCUGAACCGUGUACUGUCGGCGCACAAGUACCGUGGCACGAAUCAGACGGUCGUCAGCCAUCUCAUCUCGCAGCCGUUGUCUGUGCACGUGCAUCACCCGUCACUGCAGCCGCAGUACGAAAGUCCGUGCCGUAAGGCAAGCUGUCAGCACGUUUGCCUGCUGAGCCCGUCGGAUCCGGCCGGCUACACGUGCAAGUGCCGGCCCGGAUAUCGAUUGCUCUCGGAGGGUCGUUGUACUGAGGAGGAGAAUGCGUUCAUCAUGCUGCUUAAGGGCAACCAGAUUGUGGAUGUGCCGUUUAAUGGUGGUGAUGCACGGUCGGCAGGUUUGAUGCCGGUGGUAGGUAUCGAGGGUGGCAUCAGCCUGGACUACGAUCGUAAGGGCGAGAUGGUUUACUGGGUGCAAGGACGCGACGAAUCGGACGACGAAAACUGUACGAUCUAUGCGACACCCUACGGUGGUGGUAAUAGGACGGAAUUCCUUGGCCCGGACACGGGACUCGUGGGGGCCGCAUACACCAUCGCGUUCGACUGGAUCGGACGAAACCUGUACGUGGGCAAUCGACUUGCAUCGAACAUAGAGGCAAUCAGUGUCGAUGGUAAGGUGCGUUACCGUACCGUGGUGCUGGCCAACGAUGGUAACCGCACAUCGGUAGCGAAACCGAAACAGCUCGCCCUGGAUCCUGCCGACGGUCGCCUGUUCUGGAUCGACGAGGGUGGCUUCGGUGUGCUGACGAAGGUCGCCUCCGCUGGUAUGGAUGGAUCGGAUCCGCGUGUUCUUGACGAUACGGUCCAAUUUCCGGAAUCGAUCACGGUUGAUGCGGAAAAGCGGCGCGUGUACUACAGCACCCGUCUACCGCCGGCUGUCAUGUCGAUCGAAUACGACGGUACCGGGCAGCGUACGAUUCUGAGCGAAGAGAACGCCAUCUCUCGACCGCGUGCACUGGCCGUGCUCGAGUCGCGUCUCUAUUUCCUUGACCCAACGUACGAAAAGCUGGCGCGCGUUGAUCUGCCAAAUGGUGACAAUGCGAAACUGAUUCUGGACAACGAGCCCGACCUGCGCCAGAUGGUUAUCUACCGGAAGCGUUCGUCUCUGCAGCAUCCGUGCACGAUGAAUAAUGGUGGAUGCGAGCAUCUCUGCAUUCCGCACACCGGCUCAUCACGCGUUUGUGCGUGCGGCGUCGGCUACAAGAAGGAGAACGAGGUUGCCUGCACACCGUACAAAACAUUCGCAGUGGUAUCGCAGCUGGAUGUGACGCGUGGUUUUAGCCUGCGUGACAGUACGGAAGCGAUGGUACCGAUUUCCGGCCCGGGACAUCACAUCCUGCACGUGGACGUGCUUUACCGCGAAUCGUGGAUCUACUGGGUCGAGUACAACCGUGGCCACUGGAAUGGUAUCUUCCGCGUGCGGCCGAACGGUACCGAGUUGCAGCACAUCAUACGGGAAGGCAUCGGUAGCAACGGUAUCCGUGGCAUUGCCAUCGACUGGGUGGCGGGCAACAUGUACUUUACGAAUGUGUUCCCACACGAAAACUAUGUGGAGGUGGCGUGGCUGGAUGGUACACACCGUAAGGUGCUGGUGAAGACGACCAACGAUGCACCGCGUGAACUGGCUGUCAACCCGAUCAAGCGACUACUCUACUGGAUCGACUACGGACAGUAUCCACGCAUCGGCAAGUGCUAUCUGGAUGGUUCGAACUGGACGCCGGUAGUAACGUCUGGAAUAUCGAACCCGCGAGAUCUUACCGUCGACAUGCUCACGCACGACGUGUAUUGGGUCGAUUCGAAGCUGGACAUGAUACAGAAGGUGUCGUACAGUGGGGGCCACCGUCAGGUGAUCCGACGCAACCUUGCCAACCCGAUGGCACUGGCUGUGUUCCUUACCGAUGUGUACUGGGUCGAUCGCAAUUUAGCGAGCGUGUUCCGUGCGUCCAAGUUCCCGGGCAACAGUACACGUCCGGAGCGACUACGCACCAACCUGCCCAAGCUGCGUGACAUCACGAUCUACGACAUUAACAGUCAGCCAAUGGAUGACGCGAAUCCUUGCCUACGGCUGGGUAAUGGAGGCUGUGAUCAGCUCUGCUUUGCCCUACCACCAGACUACAGCCAGAAGCCAAGCUUCCGUUGUGAUUGUGCAGUUGGUCGACUGGCUACCGAUGGACGGCGCUGUGAGCUGACGGACGAGUACAUCAUCUUCGCAACGCGCACCGAAAUCCGGGCCAUCGAUCUAGAUCCAGCGUCAACGAACGUUCCAUUCGCACCGGUAGUCAACCUAACGAACGUGGUUGGACUCGACUUUGAUUAUGCCGACAACAAGCUGUUCUUUACGCAGAUUCGUCCCUGGUCGAAGAUUGCCUGGCUGCGGGGAGACAAGCCGGACGCGUCCGCUAUUACGCCCGUCAUAACGCGUGGCAUCAAUCCGGAGGGUAUCGCGUACGACUGGACGCAGCGCAAGAUCUACUGGACGGACAGUUCGAACAAUUCAAUCUACGCGAUGAACACGGACGGUACGGAGCUGGUGAUGAUUGCGCGCGUCGAACGGCCCCGUGCGAUCGUGCUGGAUCCGUGCAACGGUACGCUGUACUUUACCGAUUGGGGCCGCUUCGGUACGUCUGGCAAGAUUUUCCGUACGACAAUGGCCGGUUCGCUGAAGCGCGCGAUCAUCGAUCGGGAUCUGUCGCAACCGUCCGGGCUGGCGAUAGACUACGACGAACGGAUGCUGUACUGGACGGAUGCAGUGCGGGAAAAAAUUGAACGCUCCCAGCUGGAUGGGCGCAAUCGGGAGGUGCUGAUUGCGGCCACCAUCUACCCGUUCGCGAUAACCGUGUUCCGGAACUACAUCUACUGGACCGAUCUGCAGUUGCGGGGUGUGUACCGAGCGGAAAAGCACACCGGUGCCGGGGUGCACGAGAUGGUGAAACGUUUGGAAGAUUCGCCCCGCGACAUACACAUCUACAGUGCGACGCGCCAGCAGUGUCAGGCGAAUCCGUGCCUGCAGAACAAUGGUGGCUGUGCGCAGAGCUGCCAUCCGGGUGCGAACGGUAAGCCGGAGUGUAAAUGUGACGACACCACCAAGCCGGUCAACGAGGGCCGCAUGUGUGCGCCAAAGAAUCACACAUGCGAUGCGAGCAAGUUCUACUGCCAGAACGGCAAGUGCAUCUCGCGCAUGUGGUCUUGCGAUGGUGACGACGACUGUGGGGACGGGUCGGACGAGGACGUCAACUACUGUGCGUUCCACUCGUGCGCACCGAACGAGUUCCGGUGUGCGAACGGGCGGUGCAUCUUCAAGUCGUGGAAGUGUGAUCACGAAAACGACUGUAAGGAUGGUUCGGACGAGGAGGGCUGCUCGUACCCACCUUGCGUAGAUGGUGAGUUUACCUGUGCGAAUGGGCGUUGCAUACCGCAGGCCCAGGUUUGCAACGGUGUUAACGACUGCAAAGAUAAUGGUACGUCGGACGAGACGCAUGAACGGUGUCCGACAAACACGACCUGCCCGCCGAACCAUCUCAAGUGCGACCGGACGAACAUCUGCGUGGAACCGUACUGGUUGUGCGAUGGCGAUAACGAUUGCGGUGACAACUCGGACGAGAAUCCGCUGCACUGUGCGCAGCGCACCUGUCCACAGAACAGCUUCCGGUGCCCGAAUCAUCGGUGCAUACCGGCCACGUGGUACUGCGAUGGGGACGAUGAUUGUGGGGACGGUGCGGACGAACCGCCAGAGUACUGCAAAUCGGAGGGCCGCACCUGCUUCGGCGACUUGUUCACCUGCGACAACGGUAAUUGCAUACCGCGCAUCUACAUCUGCGACGGCGAUAACGACUGUCUGGACAACUCGGACGAGGACAACCGGCAUCAGUGCAACGAUCGUAAGUGUGACGAGGACACGGAGUUUACCUGCCACGAGAACAAGGCGUGGGCCCGUGCCCAGUGCAUACCGAAGAAGUGGAUCUGCGACGGUGAUCCGGACUGUGUGGAUGGGGCCGAUGAAAAUACGACCCUGCAGCACUGCCCGUCGCCGCAACCGUGUGGAGAGGAUAUGUUUACCUGCUCCAAUGGCCGGUGUAUCAAUCAGGGUUGGGUGUGCGAUCAUGAUAACGACUGUGGAGAUGGAUCGGACGAGGGCAAGAGUUGCAACAGUCAGUACAAAACGUGCACGCCGCAAGAAUUCACCUGUCAGAACUUCAAGUGUAUUCGGAACCAGUAUCGAUGCGACGGCGAGGAUGACUGUGGCGAUCAUUCGGAUGAAGUCGGAUGUAAGAAGGAGAACAGUACGUGUGCGGAGGGCAAGUUUACCUGCAACAAUGGGCAGUGCAUCGACUAUCAUCUGGUGUGCAACAAGGUACCGGAUUGUUCGGACGAGUCGGACGAACCGCUACACUGCAACGUGGACGAGUGUGCCAAGGUGGAGAUACACCGGUGUGGUCACAAGUGCGUUGAUACGCUCACCAGCUACUACUGUGACUGCAACCAGGGCUACAAGUUGCUAGAGGACGGUAAGGCCUGUGCUGAUAUUGACGAGUGUAUAGAAACGCCUGGCGUUUGUUCGCAACACUGCUCCAAUACACCCGGCGGCUACUACUGCAAGUGUGACGAACGGUACUACGAGCGACAGAACGAUGAGCAUACCUGCAAGCGUAAGGACGCAACGGAACCAUGGUUGAUCUUCAGCAACAAGUACUAUGUGCGCAAUAUGUCCACCGACGGCCACCAGUACAAUCUGAUCCACCAGGAUCUGAUGAACGUUGUGGCGAUCGAUUUCGACAUGAAGGAGCACGAGAUGUACUUCUGUGACGUGACGGCCAAAACGAUCUUUAAGUCAACGUUUGGUUCACUGACCGGGGACGGUGUGCGCAUCGAGAAGACACCGGUGAUCAAGCACGAUUCGCACGGGCUGGAAGGUAUCGCGAUCGAUUGGGUUGGCCGCAAGCUAUACUGGUUGGAUCGUCACUCGAAGAAUCUGGAUGUAGCUGAGCUGGAUGGUACACGCCGCAAGACGCUACGGUCGGGUGUGGUAGAUCCGCGUGCCAUCGUCGUACAUCCUGGUAUUGGAUAUUUGUACUUUACUUCCUGGCACCUGCAGGCGUACAUCGCCAAGAUGGGCAUGGAUGGGUCGAACUUUACGCGUAUUCUCACCUGGGAAGAUGAUAUUGCGUGGCCGAAUGCACUCGCGAUCGAUUACUUCACCGAUCGAAUCUACUGGGCCGAUGCCCAUCUGGACUAUAUUGCGUUUGCCGAUCUUGAGGGACGGCACCGGCACGUGGUGUUGUCUGGUGCGCGGGUACCGCACGUGUUUGCCCUUUCCAUCUUCGAUGACAGCCUGUUCUGGACCGAUUGGAAUCUGAAGGCGAUUCUGCGUGCGAACAAGUUUACUGGCGCGAACUAUACGGUGGUUCGCAACACCACACACCGUCCGUACGAUGUGCACAUUAGCCAUCCACUGCGACAGAUAGCGUUCCAGAAUCCGUGCGGCACGACCAAUGGUGGAUGUUCACAUCUGUGCUUGCUAGCGCCACCGCUCGAAUCGACCUAUCUGAACGUGGAAGGCUAUCUGGAGGAGGGAGCACCGAGCUACAGGUGCGCCUGCCCGAAUCAGUUCUAUCUGGCGCGGGACCAGAAGACAUGCAUUGCCAACUGUACCAGCGGACAGCACCGAUGCGGUGGGGAUGACGAGAAGUGUAUUCCGUGGUUCUGGAAGUGUGACGGCGAGCCAGACUGUAAGGAUAAGUCGGACGAACCGGAAAGCUGCCCGGCCCGGCACUGUCGCGCUGGCACGUUCCAGUGUGGCAAUGGUAAUUGUACACCUUCGACAACGAUCUGCGACGGUACGGAUGAUUGUGGCGAUGGUACGGAUGAGCAUAACUGUGAUCUGCCGUGCCCGGUGUCGGACUUUAAGUGCAAGUCCAGUGGACGCUGCAUACUGGAUAGCUGGAAGUGUGACGGUGAUGCCGACUGCAAGGAUGGUAGCGAUGAGGAUCCAGAAAUAUGUCACAAACGCACGUGUGAUCCGGAGACGGAGUUUAGCUGCAAGAACGGACGCUGCAUACCGAAGCUGUGGAUGUGCGACUUUGACAACGACUGUGGGGACGAUUCGGACGAACCAGCGUACAUGUGCCGACAGCGCAACUGCACUACGGGAUGGUCACGCUGUCCAGGACAGUCCAACUAUCGGUGCAUUCCGAAAUGGCUGUUCUGCGAUGGUAAGGACGACUGUCGGGAUAAGAGCGACGAGCUGCCGGAGAACUGCCCACAGUGCAAUCUUGAAACUGACUUCAAGUGCAACAAUAACCGUUGCAUUCCAAGGCAAUGGAUGUGCGACUUUGCAGACGAUUGUGGUGAUGGUAGCGACGAAAGCGAGGCCCAAUGUAAGGGCAAGUACCGCGAAUGCUCCGAGUCCGAAUUCCGCUGCGACAAUGGUAAAUGUAUCUCGAGCCGCUGGCGUUGCGACCACGAGGAUGACUGUGGUGACAACUCGGACGAGUACGGAUGUGAAGGCUUCCAGUGCAAGAAUGGCACGUUCCAGUGUGCCUCGGGACAUUGUAUUGCAGCGUACUUCCGGUGCGACGGUGAUCGCGAUUGUCGCGAUAUGUCGGACGAGAUCGGUUGCCCGCCACGUUUCCCCGGCGGCCGGUACUGUCCCGAGUCGCGCUUCCAGUGUGCAAACAAUCUGUGUGUGCUGCCCUCAGACCUGUGCGACGGUACGGAUGACUGUGGCGAUAACUCGGACGAGGCGGCCUCUGUCUGCACCAACUUUAACUGUGACACGCUGCGCCGGUUCCAGUGUGCGAAUCAUCGGUGUGUCGCCCGGUAUCAGAUCUGCGACGGUGUCGACAACUGUGGAGAUGGUUCGGACGAGAACAAUAUGACGCUGUGCGCGGCUCGGCAAAAGCCGUGCGAUCUGUACACACAGUACCAGUGUGCGAACAAGAAGUGUAUCGAUCGGGCCCAGGUAUGCGACUAUGCGGACGAUUGUGGGGACGGAUCGGACGAGUUGGGCUGCCACCGCACGGCAAGCUGUUCGGCACUGACCAAGGGUGGCUGUGAGCAUCACUGCGUGAAUCUGACGGACGGUGGAUACAUUUGCGCCUGCUACUCUGGGUUCAUUAUUGACGCGGCCAACAAAAAGCGCUGCACGGAUAUUGACGAGUGUGAGACGGGUACGCACGGUUGUUCGCAUCUCUGCACGAACCUGAACGGUACGUACGAGUGUAGCUGUCGCGAAGGUUUCCGGCUGUCGGAUCGCGUGUCCGGCGUGUGUAAGGCGCUCAAGGGUGAACCGCUGCUGGUGCUGUCGGGUGGGCCCGAGAUCCGGGCGUACGAUACCGUUCAGAACCGCCAGUUUGAUGUGAUUGCCGGCGAAAAGCGUAUCGAGGCGCUCGACUACAAUCCCGAAUCGCAGAUGAUAUUCUGGACGGACAGCUACGACAAAACGAUCAAACGCUCGUACAUGGUGAACGCGAUGAACGGCGAUGCGAAGGUUGGUUUCGCACAGGAUCUCAACAUGAAGGGUGGCACAAAGCCGACCGCACUCGCCGUCGACUGGGUCGCGGAUAAUCUGUACUGGGCUGAAACGGAUCGUACCGGGUCGAAGCCUCGUGGUCGCAUCAUGGUAGCGAAAACGGAUGGCAGGUACAGGCGCGCACUGGUGCAGACGUUACUGGAAGUACCGACGGCAAUUGCGGUCGAUCCACAGCUCGGUCGGAUGUAUUGGGCCGAUGCCGGUAGCGCACCCAAAAUUGAAGUUUCCUGGAUGGAUGGUUCGAAACGGCGGCCCAUGAUUACGGAAGCGAUCCGGCAUCCAGCAGGAUUGACGAUCGACUACUCGCAGGAUCAUGCCGUGUACUGGGUCGACACCAAGCUGAACACGAUCGAGGUGAUGAAGAAGGACGGUACGAUGCGUCGCACGGUGUUGAAGGGCGAUCUGCUGAAGCAUCCUGUUUCACUGGACGUGUUCGAAUCGAAUCUGUACUGGGUAACGCGCGAUACCGGGGAGCUGCUGCGCCAGGAUAAGUUUGGCCGUGGAGUUCAGGUGACGGUACAACGCAACCUUGCCAAUCCGUCCAGCAUUAAGGUCUACCAUGAGUUGCGUUACAACACCACGCUAAACAACCCGUGCUACCGGAACCCGUGCUCGCAUCUCUGUCUGCUGGUACCCGGUGGACGUCGCUGUUCCUGCCCGGACAAUACUGUACCGACGUCGCACCGCAGCACGGCGGAAAUUGUUUGUGAUGCCCCUGCCGAACGACCACGACCGGCACCACGUGUUUGUCCUUGCCAAAAUGGAGGACUCUGCAAGGAGGCAGACCCAGGCCAGGGCACCGUAACCGGUGAGCUGGUGUGCGUGUGCCUGCCCGAGUUCUCUGGCAUCCAUUGCGAGGUGUACAGUGAGAAGAUACUCGGUGCCGCCGGCAGCAGCACGACUGCCAUUUUUGUACCGCUGUUGAUCGUUAUGCUGAUCGCCAUUGCCAUCGGGCUGUUCGUCAUUGUCAAGAAACGACCAUUUGGCAAACCGAGCCUCAGCUCGUCGCAGAGCGUUUCGUUCCGUCCCGGCACAAACGUUGAGUUCAAUUCGUCAGAAUUCCCAUCCGCCCAGAGACUGCCUGGUGCUACGGGUACUGCCGGUGGCAACGCUACCGGUACCGCCAUCACACCACUCGACGGUUACAGUCUCGAUACACUGAACAACAAAAACACCGACUUCAGCAACCCGAUGUACGACGCCGUCCAGGCCGGAUCCGAUCCGAUGCCAACAUCCAACAUGCCCACGGACAUCUACGAAGUUCCAUCAGAUGUGGGCAAGUUGAACGGCCGAAAGGAAGGAUCAACCCUCUCGAGCGGACCGUUCACUGAACCGGUUUCGGCCAUACUGGCCCCGAGCAGCAUCACGCACAAAACCUCGCCCCAGCUGAACUUGCGCCCGAAGGAGCUUAACCCUUCGAUGCACGACACGGGCAAGGAUACGCAGCUGCUGGUGGAGGAGGACAAAUCGGAGUGCUAGGCGUAAGACGGGAAGGGGUGUGUGUUUUUUUUUUUUUUGUAAAUGUGCUGUAGGAGCCAAGCUCAAAUCAAGCAAGCAAGGAUGCAAUG